UGGUACCCAUAAAACGACAGCGUUUCUUAUCCAGUUUGCAUUUCCAUCUUCCCUGCAAAUCCAAAUUCAUUGCAGUUAGCAUAGAGCCCUUGUUCUUUUCCCGCCAUCUACGACUUCCUUCCAUCAUUUACCUGAAAACUAACUGAAAUCCCAGAAGAAAGCUUCUAAAGGAACCUCAAAAAGAAUAGCAAUAGAACAAUGACGUCCUUAGUUUCCUCUUUGGCAGCCAUAGCCAACCCAAGGAGUAUCACUCUUUUUUGCUCCGUCUCAAACCGCACUCCUAUGAUGGGGACGCCAGCCCUUAAUUUCUGGGUUUCCUCUUCACCAAUUGCCCUACUGAAGGAAACUCAGAGCUCACUAUCGCCUACUAUUCUACGAUCUCAGUCAGCUUCUAAUCCACAAGGCAGUGAUGAAGAAGAAGACUCGGAAACCCUAGUUCAAGACCUCAGGAUCCCACUACACUGGUUGGUCCCUUCCAAGGCCUUGCAGGAAUCAGAGUGGCUGAGGAUUACGCUGCAUAAAUGGUUGGAUGAUGAGUAUUGCCCGGAGCCAACUAACCUGGAGAUCAGUAAGGUUGCUGCGCGCUCGUACUAUGAAUCAUUGCUAGAGAAAGAAACAGACCUGGGUGUAAUUUUGUUGAAGAUGGUAGGAGAAUUAGAAUCCAUUUCCUAUCAAGAGAGUUUUCAUGGGGCCUUCACAUCAGCAAAUGCAGCAGUUAACUUAAUCAUAGAUCGAAUUGAGAAGUCAUAAUCCAAUAUCCUGGAAGGCUUAUGUUACUGGCUAAAUCUGCUAUUCCUCUAUGCAGUUAUUUUAUCUGAGAGUUUUAUUUUAUAUUUCCUUCUCAAUCUAUUGUUAACUUUAUAUCAAGAUGUCUAUGAGAGGAAGGAUUAAUGCCAAAACAAGUAGAACUGGGUGAUUUUCUUUUUGAGUCUAUUAGUAGUUUUGGUAGCUUAUUUCCUUUUGGCCUAUAAGCCAUAGACAUAUUAGUAAAUAAUGUCAAGCCACACAUUCAAAUG